GCAACUGCGCUUGCGCACAACCGUACCAGCCAUCUUGGUGUUUUAACCACGCGGUGGUGCAGAAUCCGUCUAGAAAUAACCCUGAAUUUACCACUUUCAAGACAGAUAUUGGGCCUAUGUUCCGGGGUGCAUCAUGCCAUCGGCUAACCCACUACCCCCGAAAGAAAACACUCUGUUCAAGAGAGUUUUAAAAUGCUAUGAGCAAAAGCUGUACAAAAAUGGGCUGAAGUUCGCCAAGCAGAUUUUGACAAAUCCAAAGUUUGCUGAACAUGGAGAAACCCAAUCUAUGAAGGGUCUGAUCCUGAACUGCCUGGGCAAGAAGGAAGAAGCCUAUGAGCUGGUCAGACGAGGAUUGCGCAAUGACCUCAAGAGCCAUGUCUGCUGGCAUGUGUACGGACUGCUCCAGCGGUCGGAUAGAAAGUAUGAUGAAGCCAUCAAGUGCUACAGGAACGCUCUCAAAUGGGACAAGGACAAUCUGCAGAUCCUGCGGGAUUUAUCACUCCUACAGAUCCAGAUGCGAGACCUGGAAGGUUAUCGGGACACACGGUAUCAGCUCCUACUCUUGCGACCAGCCCAGCGAGCCUCUUGGAUCGGCUACGCCAUGUCUUAUCACCUGCUCAAGGAGUUUGACAUGGCUCUGAGGAUACUGGAAGAAUUCAGGAACACACAGCAGCAGGUCAAGCCCUAUGAUUACGAGCACAGCGAGUUCCUGCUGUAUCAGAACCAGGUCUACAGGGAGUCGGGGGAUCAUGAGAAGGCACUUCAGCAUCUCGACAAAUAUGAGAUCCAAAUCUGCGACCAAAUUUCCAUAUUGGAAACUAGAGCGGAGCUGUUGCUGAAACUCGGCAGGGCCUCCGAAGCAGUCACCAUCUACGAAGAGCUGCUGAAUCGAAACCCGGAGAGCUGGAGCUUCUAUGAAGGGUUAGAGAAAAGCAAGAGCCCAUUGGAGGAGGUGGAAAGGCUACAGAUAUACACACGGGUCGCUGACAAAUUCCCAAGGGCCGCGGUACCAAGAAGGAAGCCUCUGAACUUCACAACGGGGGAAAGAUUUGAGAAGCUUUUGGACGACUACCUCCGGCGGAUGCUCAGGAAAGGGGUGCCCACGGCAUUCGUGAGCGUCAAGGGUCUGUACAGAGAACCCUGGAAGGUUGAAGUCAUCCAGAGAAUUGUAUUAGGCUACCUGGACUGCUUAGAGACCGACUCCAAGUUCAGUAAAGACGACACAGACAGCGAGCCCGAGGCACCGACUGUCCUACUGUGGACGUUAUACUUCCUGGCCCAGCACUACGAUCAGCUGAGAAACGUAGAGAAGGCCAUGGAGUUUGUCAACAAGGCCGUGGAGCACACGCCAACACUCAUUGAACUCUUCAUUAUCAAGGCAAAGAUAUUCAAGCAUGCGGGUGAUGUCAAGAAGGCCGUGGAGUGCCUGGAUGAGGCACAGUCGCUGGACACGGCAGACAGGUUCAUCAACUGUAAAUGUGCAAAGUACAUGCUCAGGGCAAACCAGGUCAAGCAGGCAGAGGAAAUGUGUGCCAAGUUUACUAGGGAGGGCGUGGCCGCGAUGGAGAACCUUAACGAGAUGCAGUGCAUGUGGUUCCAGACGGAGUGCGCCCUCAGCUUCCAACGACAGGCCAAAUACGGCGAGGCGCUCAAGAAAUGCCACGAGGUGGACAGGCAUUUUACAGAGAUUAUAGAAGACCAGUUUGACUUCCACACCUACUGCAUGCGUAAGAUGACCCUGCGGGCGUACGUCAAUCUUCUCAGGUUGGAGGAUGUCAUCAGGACUCACAUCUUCUACUUCAACGCCGCCAAAAUUGCAAUAGAGGUCUACAUCCACCUCCACGACAAGCCCCUGGAGGACGUGGACAAGGAGGAAUCCCUGGACACGGAGAACCUGAGCCCCAAGGAGCUCAAGAAGAUCCGCAGCAAGCAGCGCCGCGCCCAGAAGAAGGCCCAGCAGAAGGAAGAGGAGACUAAGGGCAAAGUGGGCGGGGACGCCAAGACGCAAGGCAAGAACAAGCACGACCCAGAUGCUGACGGACCUAAGGAGGAGGAGCUAGUGCCGGACAAGCUGGCCAGGGGGGACAAUCCACUAGAUCAAGCCGUCUACUUCCUGAAGCCUCUACAAACACUAGCCAAGAGCAGAAUACAAACGCACCUUCUAGCUUUUGAAAUCUAUUUAAGAAAAGACAAGCUGUUAUUAAUGUUGCAAGCAGUCAAGCGAGGGCAUGUUGUAGACGCAUCCAACGCUGCACUACAUGAAUGUCUAGUCAAGCUAGCUAUCAAAGUCAAUGAGAGAGGAGAUUUAGCAGAGCCCGUUCAGACGGUGUUAUCAGGGGAGCUGGAACGAUUACUAGGAGGCAAGCAACUGAAGGCCUUCAACCAAGACUUCAUCGAUGCCCACCAACACUCACUGGAACAUCGCACAAUCGGAGCGAAAUGUCUUUUCCACCUGGACCCAUCUAACCAAGAGACUGCUUUGUCGCUAGCAACAUACCUUGGUGAUGAACUAACAGACACAACUUUGCAGAACUGCUCCUACGUUCUCACACUCCUCAACGACUUCUUCAAGUCGGACUCGGCCGCCUACCGCGCCCAGUGUCACCAACUCUUCCCCUAUGCAACCGUCUUCGCUCCCCCCGCGCCGCCCACGGACAAGACGCAGAUCGAAGCCACGGAGAACUGCGACGGCAAGACCGCCAGGGAGCCGUCGCCGAAGCCCGUGGAGAACUCGCAGCACAAGGAGCAGCCGCUGUGCAAUUCUACCCACGUGGAGGCCGAAGCGUGAAACCGAUGGCUUGGGUGUUCUGGAUCCAGUUUCUUGGGGCUUCUAAGGCCCGUGUCCAAAUUACACAUGAGUCUAUGCUAACGGCUGCAGCCACUUCCCAUAGACUCGUGCUUAGCAGAAAUCAGCUGAGAACCAGUUACAACCAGUCAAAACCAGUACAACCAGUCUGCAUUGCAUGACGUUUUGGCUGGGAACUUGUUUUUGCUAAGGCCCAUAUCCAAAUUACACACGAGUCUAUGGUAGCGGC